AUGCCCAUCAUUAUCUCAAAACUCCUCGACAUUAUUGCUAGCAAUGGCUCCUUGAUAUCUCCGUCGGCCGGAAAUGGAGAGAAAGAAGAGGCGGCAAAACGAGAGGUGAUCAAGGCAGCCAAUGCUCUCAUUUUCGCUUUGGAACGUCCAGGAGACUACUUGGCCAGAGUGGGCUGGGGAGAACCUAGUCGAACUGCCGCUCUACGCACCGCCUUUGAAUUAGGCAUUCUGGCCAAGUUGGAUAUGCGGACACCUAAGACCAGUGCUUAA